CUCCCAACUUUAACCUUUCACCACCUCCAACAAAAAAAUUACUAUUAUUAAUUCUAUUCCACUUAAAGGAGAGAAAUUUACAUUUUAGGGACAGAGAUGCAGAGAAUAAAGAGAGAGAGAAAGAGAUGAGAUCCAUUUCUUUUCCAUAUAUCAGCUUAUGUUGCUAGCUAGGGUUGAAACUAAGAGAGAAUACACAAGGCACAGAACCCACUCUUUUGGGUUUUCUCCUAAUUACAAGACUAAGAAACCAUUAGUUGUCUGUUUUCUGUUUCUGGGUUUUCUCAUAUAUACAGAAACAAUUCAAAAAACUGACCUUGAUUUGGGAGAAGAUGGCAACAGAAGAAGAAGCAAAAAUCUCAAAUGGUACUUUUGUCCAAACCUCAAUAAUUGGAUCCAAUCCUCCUGCUCCAAAGAGAAAGCGAAACCUCCCAGGCAAAGAAGUUAGUAUGCUUAGCUAUUACCGAGGUAUUUACAAAGAUGAGUUGUUUCUACAAGUUAUUGCUUUGUCUCCAAAGACUCUCAUGGCAACAAACAGAUUCCUGUGUGAAAUAUGUGGAAAGGGUUUCCAGAGAGAUCAAAACCUUCAACUUCACCGGCGAGGCCAUAACUUGCCAUGGAAGCUUAAGCAAAGGACAACAAAAGAAGUCAGGAAACGCGUCUACAUCUGUCCAGAGAAGACCUGCGUGCAUCACCACCCUUCAAGGGCCCUAGGAGACCUUACUGGUAUCAAAAAGCACUUCUGCAGGAAGCACGGUGAGAAGAAAUGGAAAUGCGAGAAGUGCUCAAGGAGAUAUGCUGUUCAGUCUGACUGGAAAGCUCACUCAAAAACCUGUGGCACUAGGGAGUAUAAAUGUGACUGUGGCACUCUAUUUUCAAGGAGGGAUAGUUUCCUCACACACAGGGCAUUCUGUCAUGCAUUGGCUCAAGAAACAGCAAGAGUGAAUGCAGCAUCCCUUGUGCACAACUCGGCCACAAGCAGUGUUAUCAAUUAUCAUCAUCUUUUGGGGGCUCCAAUGGGGUCUGACAUAAUGUCACAGCAUUUGUCUUCUAUUUUCAAGCCAAUUUCAAGCACCAAUCAAGCAGUGAUGAAUCAAACUAGACGAGGACUCUCCCUUUGGCUAGACCAUGAAGCAAGAGGCAAUAACAAUCUCCAUGAGAUCGAUCAUCAACUUGGUGCUAUGAAUUCAGGAACAGUAUACAGUACUGACCCUUUAGUUUCAGGUUCAUAUCCUCUAUCAUCUGAUACUAGUUACCAAUUAGCUUGGACGUUUGGGAAUAAGCUCUCCUCAAACAGUUCUGAAGAGUUAACAAGCACCACUUUAGUAUCCCUUCCCUUAAGCAAUGUGAAGGAGAAUGGACGUCACCAUCAGCUUCUGAGUGUUCCUUCAUUGUUUAGCAUCCAGCAGCACUCUCAUCAAAUGGUACAAUCAACAGCGGAUACGUCUGCCACAGCUCUCCUGCAGAAAGCUGCCCAGAUUGGUGCAACUUUAAGUGAUGCAUCAUAUAUAGGGAGCUUCAAAAUGAAGGCCAGCAACAUUACUCAGGUUGUAGAUGGGAGCAAGUACAGUGACCUGUAUGUUUCAAACAACACACAGACACAUAAUUCUAUGGGAAGUGAGCAUCUGGAGAACUCAUCAGAUAUUACAAGAUUGGAUCAGUUACAAAUGUAUCCUGCUGCUAAGCGCCAGCAUACACAAAGUGAAGAUAAUGCUGCAGCAGCAGGGCAAACAAGAGAUUUCUUGGGGGUUGGGUUGCAAUCCAUCUGUCAUCCAUCUUCAAUCAAUGGAUGGAUUUGAGAAUCGGCAAUGGGAAUUUUUCUUCUGUUGUAUAUGUUAAAUGGAAAAUAAAGUGCAGGCUGGUCG